AUGUCCCCGGAGGUGACUUGUGGUGGCGAGUUGGAAGAAGUCAUCGCACCGAAGGGCACAAUCCAAGCCGUGCACGGUACGGAAAGUUUGUAUCAUGUCUCCGCGCAACUGCCUGUAACUCAGAGGAUAGAUAUUAAGGUUAGUUAAGCGGAUCUCGUAUGGCAGUGCACUUUGACCUCUUACUAAUUUUGUGGCUCGCCUCUGCACCCUUUCGAGCAGAUCGUAAUCCUGGUGCGUCCACGGUCUCCAGGCCUGAAUUGCAUAUUCGAGAUGGGGCCUUAUAAACGUGCCGAAGACUUUGGUGAAGCAGUCUUCAUCGAAAACUACGAAUGCCCGCUUGAUGGCAUAUAGCAUUGAGGUUGCGGCCUUGGCCGCCUUACAGCAUUGUGUAGAAGGCUUUAGGCUGUCUGCAACCCAAACUCCGAGAUCUUUCUGAGUUUCUGCUUCUCGGAUUGGCAUUCCGUUCAGAUGGUAUUGCCGCGUACUAGGGCUCUGAUUUCCGAGGCGCAUAAUGGUGCAUUUGUUCAAAUUGAAGGACAAGAGCCAUCUGCGGGACCACUCGUCCAACCGACAAAGAUUUUCUUGGAAGUUGGUCUCAUCGGCAGCAUUCUGGAUGACUUUCCAGAUUUUUAUGUCAUCCGCAAACAUGGCACAAUCACAGUCCAACCCACCUACGCAAUCAUUGAUGAACAAGAGAAAGAGAGUUGGUCCGAGCACCGAGCCUUGUGGGACCCCACUCUCUAUGAAUGUGCACCUUGAUCGCUGUUCUUCUACGCAGACAAUUUGGGAGCGGCCGACAAGGAAAUUUUCGAUCCAUUUGAGAAGUUUGCAACCGAUGCCCAUAAUUCUCAACUUGUGUAGGAGACGCUGGUGCGGAACACUGUCAAACGCCUUCCGGAAAUCAAUAUAGGCAACAUGCACGGUGUGUUUUGCGUCCAGUGCUCGUGUCCAACUUUGCAUUGUGUAUAGCAAGUUCGUAACACAUGAUCUUCCCCUACGGAAACCAUAUUGUGCAUUGGACAAGAGGUUGUGGGUUUCCAAGUAAGCCAUCAACUCCUUUUUGAUGGUUUUCUCCAUCACUUUGCAGCAGAUUGAUGUCAGACUGACGGGUCUGUAGUUUGUCGCCUGAGCACGACUGCAGCUUUUGUAAAGGGGUGUAAUGUGGGCCGUCUUCCAGUCUGUGGGAAGAAUUCCAGCAUCAAACGAUUUCUGGCACAGAAAGGAUAGUGGUUUGGCCAGCUGUUGGGCAAGCUCAAAGUGCAGCUUUGCUGGAAUCUCGUCCGGACCGGGAGAUUUACAUUCCUUCAAGCUUUUCAGCUCUUCCAAAAUCGCUUCUUCUCGAAACAGAAUAUUUUCGAUAGUGGGAUCUCUCAUGUUCUCAGAAUUAGAUGGGGUAAAGUCCGCUUCUCUUGUGAAAACGGAUCGGAAAAAUUGAGAAAAGUGCUCAGCCUUAUUUGUACUGUCCGAUAUCUCCAAGCCGUCAUCACCCCUCAUAACAGGAAUGGGAUUCCUGUUACGUGUGCUUUUCCGCAAAUAGCUGUAGAGCAAUUUCGGAUUUUUAACGGCUCGGUGGAGAAAAGUACUCUCAAAAUCCCGUCGCCUCCUGAAAAUCAGGCUUUUCACCUUAUUUCUUUGAAUUUUGUAUUCUGUAAACGCUGCAUUAUUGUUGUUCUUGCGAAAUUUUUUCCAUAACCUAGCUUUCUUGUUGAUCUCCCUUUUGAGUUCUCGUGUAAGCCACUGAGGGCUGUUGGAUGUCCUAGGCUUUGAUAAGGGACAGUGGUUCUUCAUUAGAUGCAGUAAACGAUCCUUGAAUAAAUUCCAGUCCUCGUUAACGUUUCCGGAGAAGAGAACAUCCCAGUCUAUUUGUGAUGCCUCAGCUCUCAUUUGGCGAUAGUCCCCUUUCCAUAUAUUUGGCCACGUAUUGUCGUUUGUACACGGUUCAGAAUACAGCAAGUACUCGCAUAAAAGCACUGCAUGAUCACUUCGACCGAGCGGGGGUAGGUAGUACACCUCGUCUAUACUGUCAGGAUCUUUGGUAAAAACGAGGUCCAGACAACUGGCCUGUUGUCCUCCACGAGCUCUAGUUGGAAACAGGACAUGUUGCGUGAGUAGAGCUUCUAGGGUUGUCUUUAGUAGAUGGUAAUCGAAGGUAUUCAUCGAGCACUUCGCAUGCAUAUCGCUCCAUUGAAUGCAUGGUGCAUUAAAAUCCCCCAUGAUAACAACGUCUGGUCGGCUGGCGAUCUCUUUUAUGCUUUUCAGUAGACAAGUAUCUGGGUCGGGAUCCGCCUGCGGGGAGCGGUAGAUAGUUACGAUUUCGAGGGACUGAGAUCCCCGCGCCUUUAUAGUCAACCAAAUUGCCUCUGUGUCGUUAGAAAUCUUGUCGGUCCUCUCACACACUGCUACGUUGCUCUUGACAUACAUGGCAACUCCUCCACCCCGGCGGCCUCUCCUGUCUCUCCUAAACAGAUGGUAUCCUGUUAAUGCUACCUCGCAAUCGCCAACGUCCUCUGACAGCCACGUUUCUGUUAUUGCUAUAACAUCGGGAAGAGUAUCGGCUACCUGUAUUCUCAGUUCGUCAAGCUUGGAAAACAGACUCUGAGCAUUGGUGUAAAAGAAUUUUAGUUUGCAACAUUCGACAGUGCUUCGUUCGGUUUGUCUCGGGUUUGCCAAUAUUAUGUUGCUGCCGCCAUCAUGAUGAUUGGCUGGUUCCAAAACAACAUCGCGUUCCUCUGUAUUACUCGUCCCCUGAAAAUGGCCAAGUUGCUCUCUCCAGCUGCAAGUCUCCUCUUCAGCUCCGUUACCAAUUCGCGUCGUUUCAGACGUUCCGCUGGAGAAUAGUCCGGCUGAAAAAAAAACUUCCUUGUGAAAGUUUCGGAGGCUGCUUUUCCUGGACAGAAGUAAGCUAGCUUCCUCUUUACUGUUCAAAACAAUUUUCAGAGGUCGUGGCCGCACAGUUUCUGAUUGUUCGCUCACCUUCUUUCCGAUCCUGAAGGCUGCGCGAAUGGUUAUCUUUUCAUUUGAAUUAAGCAUUUUGUUCAGUAGGUGUUGAAGCAUAUUAAGGUCAGCGGAGAUCCUCUCCUUCGGGGUAGGAGCAUCCGACUCCGAUAGACCCUGGACGACUACGCAGUGCUGACGAUCAAGGGGUUCAUUUUUUCUGUUUCCGGUGGCCUUGUCAGCUGAAGGUCUCAGAAGAUCCACCGGAGUCGUCUGGGGUUCUAUACUCCCGUUGUGGCGCUUACCCUUUCCAUCUUGCCAUGAGCUUGUUUCCUCACUUCCAACUGAGGUUCCUAUUGAACACGCGGAAUGGCUGAGAGAAGUUGAUGGCUCGCUUGGGUUGUCUCGCAUAGAACCAAGAGACUCCGUUGCUAUUUUCCCAUCGUCCUGGGUAUCGGCGCUCAUGCAGAGAGGUUUUUCACAUGCUUUGUUCUUUGGCUGUUUUAGAGUUUUGCUCUUUCCCAUUUUCUUGCUAACUUUAGCGCUAUUCACCGCGUUUUGCACACUAUCGUUCGCUUGCAGGAGUUCCCUGAAAGCAGUCAACUCUUUUUCGAGUUUUUGGACUUACAGCAGAAUAAAUGAGCAUCCAGUGCAUGGCUCGUACUCGUAACUAACAGGUUGUAGUAGUAGUUGGGAGAGGAGAGAUGGUAAUGCGAGGCAAGGCAGUGAGAGAAAGACGCUGAAAGGGAUGAUAGUGAAGAGGUGGAUAAGAGUUGGGAGUGAGCCCUGAAGGAGGAGGUAGGAGUUUGUGGAUGUGAAUGGGGGCAGGAAGAAUGGUAGGUGUGGCAGUUGGGCAUGACCAGCGCAUUAAACUUACCUUGCAUCGGGUUCAGGGUGAUCAGCGAUGCUCUGACCCCAGGUGGAGGCUCGCCAUUGCACUCCGGCGUGUUGAAGCCUGCGACGGACUCUAAUCGGGUUCGCUCGGGUGUGUAGUUUUUGCCAGUGGGGAGCCCUCAGGCAUCCCUCUCAUCUAACCAAAUCUAGCAACUCCAUCCUCCCUCCCACCACCUGACACAUCUCCGCUCUCUAAGUCUCUCCGCCGCCUCUGCUGCCUACACUCAGCGCCGCUGCCUCCAACAAUCUCCCCGCCACCUCACAAUCCACAACCCUCCUACCGCUGGUCACUAACAAUUCCCAUCUACAUCCUACACCUCCACUCCAUCCAACCUACAUUACUAGGCUAAAUCCAGCGCCGCACACCCACUAUGCGUCUAGCCCUCACACCCUCACACUGGCCAGCAGCACUGCACACAUUCACAGCCUCAAUCAACUCGCAUUACUGCCCCUUUCUCUCCUCCACAUCACACAUCCCGCCAAUAGACCCCUACCAUCAGCACCACAGCAGUCCCCGCCCCACCCCACUACACCGUCAUUGCACGCUCCUGCUCCAACACAGCCCGCCUCCUCUGCACCCUGCCCUCACACUAAUUACCUGCCCUUGCACUCACCAUGACUCCCACCUCACCAUUGCUCACAUACUCAGCAUCAUCGUCUCAUCACAGCCAAAUCACCUUCCGAGGAGGCGACACUUCUGCUUUAACGGUGUGUCCUGCAGAAUGCAUGUGGAUCGCGCGUCCACUCUCCCAAGACCUCAGCAUUCUGCAUGUACCCUUGCAUGCAUGCGUUGAGAGACCGAGGGGGUGAGAGAAUGAAGUGAAGACUGACGCCAAGUCUAGCCUUCUGGCAUGUCUUCUCCUGUGACACAACUAUCCGAUCAGUGAAUGUGAGUAGACAUGGAGUGAAUAGGCAGACGGACAGUUGACGCUCUGCGACCGAGGGCAUUCACACCUCGUGCUGCCACUGCAACAGCAUGACUUUGGGAAGAGGGCCUAACCUGACUUCAAUGCUGCCAAUGUGGUGCUUACUGUGAUGCAGUGGAGGCAGGGCUGGGUUGUGCCUGAAAGUGCCUCUGCCGCGGUCAGAGCCGUCGCCGCAGGCUGUAGGAGGCAUGACCAUCUGUGCCAUUGUGCAUCUCAAGAUUACCAGGACUACACUAUGAAGCAUGGUGAAUGAGCCUACUGAGGGCUAGUGAGUAGGGAUCCGGAGGUGUGUAGUAGUAGUUGGGAGAGGAGAGAUGGUAAUGCGAGGCAAGGCAGUGAGAGAAAGACGCUGAAAGGGAUGAUAGUGAAGAGGUGGAUAAGAGUUGGGAGUGAGCCCUGAAGGAGGAGGUAGGAGUUUGUGGAUGUGAAUGGGGGCAGGAAGAAUGGUAGGUGUGGCAGUUGGGCAUGGCCAGCGCAUUAAACUUACCUUGCAUCGGGUUCAGGGUGAUCAGCGAUGCUCUGACCCCAGGUGGAGGCUCGCCAUUGCACUCCGGCGUGUUGAAGCCUGCGACGGACUCUAAUCGGGUUCGCUUGGGUGUGUAGUUUUUGCCAGUGGGGAGCCCUCAGGCAUCCCUCUCAUCUAACCAAAUCUAGCAACUCCAUCCUCCCUCCCACCACCUGACACAUCUCCGCUCUCUAAGUCUCUCCGCCGCCUCUGCUGCCUACACUCAGCGCCGCUGCCGCCAACAAUCUCCCCGCCACCUCACAAUCCACCACCCUCCUACCGCUGGUCACUAACACUUCCCAUCUACAUCCUACACCUCCACUCCAUCCGACCUACAUUACUAGGCUAAAUCCAGCGCCGCACACCCACUAUGCGACUAGCACACCUACCCUCACUCUCACACUGGCCAGCGGCACUGAACACAUUCACAGCCACUAUCAACUCCCAUUACUGCCCCUUUCUCUCUUCCACAUCACACAUCCCGCCAAUAGUCCCCUAGCCUCACUCCCACUCCCCCUACCCCACAACACCCUCAUUGCACACUCCUGCCCCAACACAGCCCGCCUCCUCUGCACCCUGCCCUCACACUAA